GAGGAAAAAAAAAAGUUCUAUAUCGUUAGCUACUUUACUAAAGAGCUAAAAUGACUUAUAAGGCUACAUAUUUCCUAGCCGUCUUUCUUCUCUUAAACCUCGUCUUUUUCACUGGCUUAGUCACUGCAUUUGACGAAGAAAGCCAAAAGCCAGAGCUUGAAACUCAACUGGCAAGAGUUCCUGCGCCGGAAAGUCCACCGGGGUCCUGCCCAAGGGAUGCCUUAGAAUUGAGAGCAUGUAUCAAUGUGCCUGGUCUAGUUAGAAUCAAGAUUGGAACUUCUAGACAAUGUUGCUCUCUUCUUGAUGGCCUUUCCGAAAUCGAAGUUGCCGCUUGCCUUUGCACAAACGUCAAUUUCAACCUUUUGGGAAUCACCAUAAGUGUUCCCCUUAACAUUCCUGCGAUCAUUAAUGGUUGUGACCUAAAACCGGGAUAUUUCCAAUGUCCAUAAAAAAACCUUUGGAUCCUCUCUUUGCUGAACAAAACGUGCUUUGUUCCCGAGUUAUGAUCUUGUAAAGAUCUUCGACUUUUGUCUCUUCAAUAUCUUAUGAAAAGAAUUUUUCUUUUUAAAGAAAAUUUAGACUUUUGCCUUUAUAAUCUUACCCAAAGAAAUUUAAAAAAAAAACAAAUAAAUAAAAUGCGUAAUUUGUUGUGUAUGUCUGUUUCCUUAGAUUAAUUUGUUCCUUUUCAUGAUGUUGAGCGAUGCAUAAUCCCUAUACUUAGUUGCUGAAGUUAGAAAUUUGAUGAACUGAAGAGCAUUUCUUUAAGGCCAUUUCAUAUGAAGGCGUUUCAGAAGCCAAACGUGUAUGCAGGCAUGAAUGGCCGAAGAUUGGAGAAUAUAGAGAGCCAAAAUCGCACCUCAGAAGCUAGAGUUUUCUCAGUUUGGAGUGUUGUGUUUUUCUUUCUUAAAUUGUUGCAUUGCCGUUGUAUUAGCCGAUCUAUCAAGUGUUUGAUGUGUUUCUCGAAAUAAUAAAGUGAUAUAUGUCUGGUAAUCUAAGAUGACUUGCCCCACCUUUAUUAUUAUUAUUAUUAUUAUUAUUAUUAUU